AUGUCGGAAUAUGACGAUUACCCAAUCGACAUCAACCAGAUUAUGUGGAUGUCCCUAAGCUCUAACUCUGAGAAAGCUAUCUGGUGGAGCACUUUUGCUCUAGUGAUCCAAUCAUUCAUCAUCAGUUCAAUCAUUUCCAAGACAUUUCAAUAUUUCGAAUAUUUCAAGAAAACCGAUAAUGUGAUUUUCCUAUACUUCAUAGGUUUAGGUACUGCUCUCAAUGUCGGCACACUAUGUGUUACUACCGCGGAGAUGUACGAAUUAAUCUAUUAUGCGAAAAACGAAUUUCAUACGAUAUUCAGAUUCAUCUUCUUAGGUGAUAACACGAUUUUAUUCCUUGGUGGGAUAUUCAACUUUACAGGUGGGAUAUACUAUGCUUAUAGAGUAUGGAGGAUGUGUAAUCGAGAAUGGUGGGUCAUACCUCCAUUGGCCAUCGGCCUAUCAGGUCCAUUCGGCGCAUGUCUAGCCGUCGUGGUGAAAGGAUAUCAAUUACCAAUCCUUAUCCCAGAGAACCUGGCAAAGCUGGAACCUUAUUUCGCCGAUUUCGUCCACACAAACAAGAUAUGGGGAGGUAUGACCUUAAGUAUGGAUGCUACGCUCUGUGUGACAUUAACCCACUUAUUGUUGAGAUCGAAGGAUAGUGUAUUCGCAAAUGAGACUAGAUUGUUCCAUCGAUUGAUCGCUUUGAUGUAUGAGUCCAUGUUCCCACCAGUCAUUUUCCUGAUUAUCGCAGAAGCAAGUGGCAACAUGGAAGGUGCACCGACUACCGAUUGGAGGAAGUUCGUCGUCACUUGUACCCCAUGUCUGUAUUUCCAUUCCGUCUUAUCUGCCUUGGUCAGCCGACAGACCAUUCGAGGUAUACUUAAUUCCAAACUCGCUUCGGAGGGUGUAAACGUCCUGUCAAAUGGUACAUCCGGAGGUGGAGGAAAGAUGUAUGCUUCUUCUUCUUAUCCCUCACCUUCCACUUCAGCUCUAAACCACAAACAAAGCCAAAGUCAAACUCACGUCGAAGAAGGUGAAGGGUAUGAGAUGAAAUCUGAAGCGGGGAGCGUGGUCACAAUUCCAGGUCCGAUGGUAAAGGUGAGAGUCGAGCAAAAUUCGGCAAUAUCAGAACCUGAUUCAUACGCUUCCAAUCAUCCUCAACUUUCACCUUUGGGAGAAUUCUCAACUACCAAUAGAGAUAGGUAUAAUCCACUUCAUUAA